UUGUGCGGACGGAAGUGCCCAGGCCCUUGCUCGAAAAUAGAGAACUGUACAUCGAACCAAGACCCGUCAUAGAAAGGCCGCCCGCCCCCCUUACCGGAACCGCGCGUCGCGACCCACCUUGGCGGGGAGUGAACUGAAAAUAAAAAAAAACGAAAACCGAGAAGAAGUUGAAGAGGAUUCCUCUUAAUGUGCCAAUGUUGAAGGCGCGCAAGACGUGCGUGUUUCUUGCAACGGAGCGAUGGGAAGGGCGGAAGGAUAAAUAAGGCAGGUCCUCGCUUUCGGAGCCCUGGAGCGUUUGCUGCCAACUAGUAAAGAAAAAGUGCCGUACUUUAGGGGGUCUUUCGAAUUGUGCCACAGUGCGAGUUGUUUUAAAUGUGUGAUUUUUUUUUUUAAAUUUUAAAAUGCGAUCGAUGAAGAAGAGCGAGUAGCUUUUCGGUUUGUUGUCUAGGCAUUUUUUCCACAAAAAAACUAACCCUAAACUGACAGAAUAUUUCGUUGCAACGAAGUGAGAGCAGGCGGAAAAGGAAGGGAGAAGUGAUUGAAAGCAAAACAAGUGAAGAGAUAAAUUGCAAUACGAAAGAAUUUAGUGAAAAAUCGUUCAAAUUGUUUUGGAAGCUCUGUGAGGUGCAAUUGGCUGAGGUUCGGAAGCAAUAAGGAAGAGAACAGGAAUAAAAAACCUAUGUCUGGUGUUUCGACUUUUUGUGUGUCGAGAAAAUAAGAGAAAAAAGAUACUUCAGCAGAUUAGGCUUUUUUACCUUCCAGCAGCUGCCUGUUUUUUUUCUGUGCCUUCAACACGUGCAUGUGCGUAAUUCUGCUGAAAUCCACAGCCACUAAUCGGAACCGACUCGGGACUCUGUAGUUGCAGCAUAGAGCAUAAAGUGAACCGAAGUGAUCGUGAGUGUGAAUGUGCGGCAGCCUGAAAAACCAAAAAAAAAAUCGUUUGAAGUUGAAAGCAUAUUUCGUUGAAAACAGUACAAGUGUUGAUUAGAGUCAAAUUAACCACGAACGAGCAUGGAAUGUGGGGGACGUCGGCAACGACAACCACAACGACAACGACGACGACGGCGACAAUAGCGAGCGGCAAACUCGCGGAAGAAACUAUUCGCAGGCAGCUCUCGGGUAUGCGUGGAACUGCUGCAGAUCAGAGCGAAGAGAAACGGAAAAGCAGAAGGAAGUGAAAAAAUGUUGCUGGAAAUUUUUGGGUUUUAAAAUUUUCUCGGAGAGUGAGCGAAGAAGAAAGAGAGAGAGAGAAAAAAAAGAAGACGAAGCAAGUCAUCAAGAAAAGUCCAAGAUAAAGUGCAAAAGUGCAAGGGACCAGACAACACAGAAAAGUUAGAAGUGUGAGAAGACAUGUGUGCGUAGUUUCUACUGGAAGACGGACGGCUGUAUGGCAAUGAUGAUUUUUAAUUCCUUAAGUGAGCUUCGCUGGGUGAAACAAGAUUCGGAAGAAAUUGAUCACUGCAAUUAUCGUGAAAAGUGUGCCCCCAGCUACUGAUAGCAAGUGACGUCAAAUUGUGUUUGGUUAAAUUGUGUUCAUAGCAGUGCGUUAGCAGUUAUGUGGAGUGUUGAUCGUUUGUGAUGGAUCGUAAAGUGAGGGCACUCGAUAGGUUAAAACAAUUAACUCAGGUCAUCAUCAUCAUCAGUGUACCAGCAUUAUUAUGACGCAUCAUUGGUGUCUAGUAAUAAAAUUGAGUGCAGCCGAGAGCUGAAGAUAAGAAGCACUAGAUAGCAACGGGAGCUUUACAGUGAUUGAAGCCAGACAAAAUGCGGUGUGCCAGUUUAAAAAUUGCCUUUUGGCUGCUAGUCAUAUUAGAACUGUACGCCGCGAUAGAAGGCGUAGGUGCACAUGGACCUGGACCAGGACCAGGGCCAGGUGUAGUGAUAGGAGCCCGUCGAAGAUCCUCCAACGAUGGUGCAAUGCAGUCGCGAGCCGUCGAUACGCGAGUUCAAUUUGAGAUAUUUGAAAACGAACCUCGCCUAACCGUGGUGGGUUAUAUUCCAACCAAACCCGGGUUCACAUACCGUUUCAAUGAACCCCCGCGGGAGUUUACACUCGAUCCAACCACCGGUGAAAUCAAGACCAAUGCCAUUCUGGAUCGAGAAUCAACCAAAAACGAUCGGUACGAUUUGGUGAUCCUGUCGAGUCAACCGACGUACCCGAUCGAGGUUCGGAUAACCGUAGUAGAUGUAAAUGAUAAUGCUCCUGAGUUUCCGGAACCGAGUAUAGCGGUUUCAUUUUCGGAAAGUGCCAUCUCAGGUACCAGGCUACUGUUGGAUGCCGCCACCGACAAGGACAUCGGCGAAAACGGCGUAACCGACGACUAUCGGAUCGUCGCCGGUAAUCACGAUGAAAAAUUUCGCCUAGCAGUUACCACCAAUCCCAGUGGUGAUGUAUAUUACCUACAUCUGGAAACUACUGGCAAGCUGGAUCGCGAAACACGAGGAUCGUAUACGUUGAACAUAUCCGCCAAAGAUGGCGGUGCACCGCCGAAAUUCGGUUACCUACAGGUAAACGUAACGAUUUUGGAUGUAAACGACAAUCCACCGAUCUUCGAUCACAGCGAUUAUAUUGUUUCGCUGAACGAAAGUGUCCUACCGGGAACUCCCGUGCUUCAGGUGAUGGCAUCGGAUAACGAUUUGGGAGAUAACAGCAAGAUAACGUACUACCUUUCGGAUGCGGAAACACAGUUCACCGUGGAUCCCGAGUCCGGUGUAAUUUCGACCACAGAACAGCUGACCUGUCCACAUCAAAACUGCCAGUCGUUGUCCAGACCGGAUGGGACCUGUCCCAAGAGUUGUGUUUUCACCGUGUUCGCCCGUGAUCACGGAUCUCCACGACAGGAUGGAAGAACGUACGUCACGGUGAAUCUGGUCGAUACCAAUGACCAUGAUCCGGUCAUUCGAUUUCAGUAUUUUCCUCCUACGGGAAGUUACGCCACGGUCGAUGAGAAUGCUGCCAACAGUUCGGUUGUGGCAGCCGUUUCAGUUGUAGAUAUGGAUGAAGGCCUUAACGGAGACACCAGUUUGAGGAUUGUGGUUGGUAACGAUCUUCAACAUUUUCGGCUAGAGAAAUCUCCCAGCUUUUACAUUGUCCGCGUCAAUGGAGUGCUGGACCGAGAGGAAAUUGGCAAGUACAAUCUUACGGUGGUGGCCACCGAUCGAGGAAAUCCUCCUCGAACCGCUACAGCACAUUUGAUCAUUCACGUCAACGACGUUAACGAUCAUGAACCGGUGUUUGAAAAAUCCGAAUACUCAACCGUUCUGAGUGAACUCACACCGCCGGGAACGUACGUGGCUAGCAUCACGGCCACCGACGAAGACACCGGUGUUAAUGCACAAAUUUUCUACGAUUUCGUUUCCGGCAAUAACAACCAGUGGUUCAAAAUCGAUCCGUCGUCCGGAUUAAUCACAACACAAGCCCUACUGGACCGGGAGGUAAACGGAAACAUCGAGCUGAGCAUUUCGGCUCGUGAUGGCGGUCCCAAUCCAAAGUGGGCUCAUACACAGCUGAAGGUGACCAUUCUGGACGAGAAUGACGAGGCACCACAAUUUUCGCAGUCUCGUUUGAAUGUCACCUUGAAUGAAAACGCUAAACCGAAAACGGUAGUGGCGAUCUUGACGGCCGUUGAUCACGAUCAGGGCACCAACGGAAGCAUAACGUACCUGCUGCAUCGUAGUGUGGAGAAGAACUAUCCGGGUAUGUUUCAACUGGAUCCGAUUUCCGCUCAACUUACCACAAAAAGUACGCUCGAUCGAGAGCGGGUUCCCAACUAUACCAUCCAGGUGAUCGCCCGGGAUCAAGGAAAUCCACCGCAAUCAUCGACGGCGACCGUGCAGCUAACGAUUGAGGAUGCCAAUGACAACAAUCCGGAGUUUUAUCCGAAGCAGUAUUUCUUGGCCCUACCGGAGGAUACCCCAGCCGGGAGACCGAUUCUUCAGGUAAAAGCUACCGAUCCGGAUGAAGGGGUGAAUGCAAUGAUAUCGUACGAAAUGAUCAGCGGCGGCGAUGGGAUGUUUACCAUCGAUGGAACUACGGGGCAGAUCAGUUUGAGAGGUAGCCUGAAGAAGUCAUCGAAACCAUUGUACAAACUGGUGAUCGCUGCCAAGGAUAAGGGUGGUCGACGAGCCGACAAAGAUGCCGUUGUGGAGAUUGUGAAGGAAUCGAUUGUCGAAGAGAUUGAGUUUGAUACUUUGAGCGGAUACGAGUUUCAGUUGCUGGAAGACAACGGCUUGGAAGGAGCGAAAGACGAGAAGGAGGUUGGUGUGGUGAGAAUAAAAGCGACGCACUCGGUCAAAGAUGUCGAGUAUUCGAUCGUGCAAGGUGAUUCGGGUGAAAAUUUUAAGAUCAGCGAAAGAACAGGAGCGAUUAGCAGUGCACGGCACAUCGAUCGUGAAGCCGCUGCGUUCUACAGUCUAACGGUGGCAGCUCGGAACGGGUUGGCUUUCGGACAGACGAUUGUCAAUAUUUCCAUAAUCGAUCUAAACGACAAUGCGCCGAUUUUCCUACAUGAUCAUGAUGAAAUUAGUCUUCCGGAGAAUACCGCUGUCGGUCAGGAGAUUUACCUUUCCAAGGCUAAAGAUGCCGAUUCGGGUGCCAAUAGUCGUAUCACCUACGGUUUGAGUUACAAUCCGGAGAAUUUGUUCCGAGUUUCGGAAACUACGGGGGUGCUGUACUUGAAUCGGCCGAUUUUCGUUGAUCCUGGCACGGUGUUAAAUUUAGAAAUUACUGCUUCCGAUAGUGGAGAACCGCAACUGACGGCGAAGGGAAGUGUCACGGUUACGAUCGAGGAUGUGAACGAUCACACUCCGGUGUUUGAUCAUACCUCGUACGAGACUUCACUGCUGGAGUCGAUGGCAGUGAAUUCGCGCUUUUUCGCACUGGCAGCAUCGGACGCCGACAUUGGCAUAAACCAGCGAAUAUCGUACACGAUUAUUGAAGGAAAUGUCGAUAGCAAGUUUGGAAUCUUUCCGGAUGGUUUCCUGUACGUGAAAAGUGCUCUCGAUCGCGAAGAGCGGGACUAUUACUCACUGACGGUUACCUGCACCGACGAGGGUGACCCGGCGAGAAGUUCGUCCGUGCCGGUGAUCGUUCAUGUGAUCGAUGAGAACGAUAACCCACCGCAGUUUACCAACAGCACGUUUAUAUUUAGCGUGGCGGAAAAUGAACCGGCCGAUAGCUUCGUGGGUAAAUUAACUGCCGUUGAUCGUGACAUUGGCCGGAACGCCGAGUUAAUCUAUAUGCUAUCGAGCAAACAGGAAGAUUUCACCGUCGACUCGCGGAAUGGAUUCAUCAAAACUAUGCACGAAUUUGACCGGGAGGCAUUGGUACAGACGACCGGACAGAAUUUUGUCAUGCUGGAAGCGAUUGUUUCCGAUAAUGGGCUGACCCGGUUGCGAGAUAAGGUGAAAAUUAAGGUUCUCAUAACCGAUGUGAAUGAUAAUGCACCGCAAUUCGUGAGAGCCCCAUAUAAGGUACAGAUCUCCGAAGGAUCAUCGAUCGGGACCCAGUUGAUUCGCGUGUACACCAACGAUGCGGACGAAGGUCUGAACGGUGAUGUGUACUAUCAUAUUGCCGACGGAAAUGGCGACGAACGAUUCGUAAUCGACGAUGCUACCGGUCAGAUUACGCUCGCCAAAGCACUGGAUCGUGAAACGGUGUCAAUGUAUAAAUUAACGAUCGUUGCCCACGAUGCUCCGAUGCAAAAUCGAUUAAGUGCCAGCACGACGGUUACGAUUGAGGUGCUGGAUGAAAAUGACGACGCACCGGAAUUUACCCAAACCCACAGCCAAAUCUCGAUUAACGAAACCACGGCCAUCGGGACCGAGUUGAUUCGGUUCCGUGCGACCGAUAUGGACCUCGGUGUCAACAGUCAAAUUAUGUUUUCGAUCGGUGCCGGCAAUCGAAAGGACACCUUUCACAUUGAUCCGUCCAGCGGUUAUCUGUAUUUGCAUAAGUUACUAGACUAUGAGGAAACACAAAGUUAUUCAUUGAAUAUUACCGCUUCGGACGGUGGUAAUCCACGGUUAUCGACAACGAUUCUGUUUACGGUGAAUGUGAUCGAUUCGAAUGAUAAUCCACCGAGUUUUCCGAACACGGCGAUCGUUCGUCAAAUUCGUGAAGGUAUUCCCAUCCGAACCCCGAUAGUGACGGUGACGGCCGAAGAUCCGGAUUCCGGUUUGAACGGAAAGGUGACGUAUGAAAUUUCCAAUCAAGAUCCGGACAAUCGAAAUCGACACUUUGGCAUUAACCCAACGACGGGGGUGAUUCACACACUGCAUGUAAUCGAUCGGGAAGCGAUCGACACCUACCGUCUGACGGUGAUCGCAACCGAUCAGGCUGCCAUUCCAUCGCAACGAUUAUCCGCGGAAAAAUUAGUGACAGUGAUAGUGGAGGACGUUAACGAUAAUGCACCGGUGUUUGUUUCGAUGAAUGCUGCCACUUUGCCAAUCCGAGACAUUCGGCUGGGCGUUGAUAACAGUCCCAAUCCGAUUAUGUUCAUUAACGCUUUCGAUGCUGAUUCCAGUUCGAACGGUUUGGUGACUUAUGAAAUGACCGGUGGUAAUACGGACCUGUUCAAGUUGCACCGGUCAACGGGUGCCAUAACGUUGAGAAAAUCGAUUUCGAAGCCAGAAAUUCGCUAUCAACUAGCGAUCCGUGCCACGGAUGAGGCAGUGCAGAAUGAACGCAAAAGUAGUGACGCCUACAUAACGAUCAUCACGGCCAUCCCGGCGAACAAUAAUGGCCCGGUGUUUGUGAAGAAGGAACUGUUCGGUAGUGUGUCGGAAAAUGAACCGAUCGGAACGAGCAUCCUGACGGUGUCCGCCUAUCUGAAUUCGGUCAGUGAUAUCGAGUACUAUGUGACGAAUGUGACUGGCGACGGGAAGCAAGUGAAUCGUUUGUUCGAUAUCGACACGAAGCUCGGAAUACUGUCGACGGCGGCAGAACUGGAUCGUGAAUCCGGCGUCGAGAGCUACGAAGUGGAAGUGUAUGCCAUUGCCCUCGGUGGAAUGCCCCGAACCACAAGCACUAAGAUCCGAGUUAAUGUGCUGGACAAGAACGAUAGCCCACCGACAUUUCGUGACAUUCCGUUGGUAUUCUCCGCAUCGGAGGAUUUAGCCGUAGGACAGACGGUAGCACAAAUAACCGCCACCGAUCCGGACACACUGGGUACUCUGGAAUAUUCACUGAUAAGCGGCGACACAGACAGGUUCCUGCUGGAGAAGGACACCGGUAUGCUGAAAUUGCGGGAUGCGUUGGAUCGUGAAACCGAAGAUACCUAUCGACUGGUGGUCAGCGUUUCCGAUGGCGUCCAGAGCACCGAAACCACCGUCACCGUCCAGGUCACCGACACCAACGAUAAUCCACCGUCAUUUUCCGAGCCGGCCUACUCGUUCGACAUACCGGAGAACGCUCCGCGCGGCUUCCAGGUUGGCAUCAUCUCGGCCGGCGAUUCGGAUCUGGGUACCAACGCUGCCGUCACCUACAGUGUCAUCUCCGACUGGGCCAACGAUGUGUUCUCGCUGAAUCCGCAGACCGGGAUCUUCACGCUGACGGCCCGAUUGGAUUAUGAGGAGGUACAGCACUACAUUCUGGUAGUGCAGGCCCAAGAUAAUGGCCAUCCGAGCCUAUCGAGCACCCUGACGGUCUACUGCAAUGUGAUCGAUUUGAACGACAACGCGCCAAUCUUCGACCCGAUGAGCUACUCUAACGAGAUUUUCGAGAACGUUCCGAUCAACACCGACGUGGUUACGGUUAGUGCCACCGAUACGGACUCCGGAAUUAAUGGACGUAUUGAGUAUAGUAUUACGAUGGGCGACGAAAACGAAGAUUUUCGAAUCCUCAACAAUGGCACGAUUCGCACCCGCCGCGUUCUUGAUCGCGAAACUAAGGCUAGUUACAAUUUAAUCGUGACCGCACGGGAUUGUGCGAAGGAACCGGAACGACGCCUUUCGUCCACCGUACAGGUUACAAUCGUGCUGAAGGAUGUCAACGACCUAGCGCCGGAGUUUGUAACGCCGAACGAAACGACGGUGGCGGAAAACAUUCCCCUGAACACGGUGAUAAUGGCGAUCAAAGCUGUUGACCGUGACGAAGGUCGCAACGGGUACGUCGAGUACCAGCUGGAUCCAAAUGUUCAGACCCCGUUUACGAUCGGAUCGGCCGAUGGGUUGCUGCGGGUUUCUGGUCGACUGGAUCGCGAAACCAAAGCCAGCUACGAGCUGAUGGUGACGGCGAAGGAUCGCGGCGAACCGCCCAAAUCGAGCCAAUCGAAGAUUCUGAUACACGUGCUCGAUGAGAACGACAACAGUCCGAUUUUCGACCCGAAACAGUACAGCGCGGCGAUCGCGGAAAACGCCAGCAUCGGGGCUAGCGUGCUGCAGGUUUCCGCGACCGAUAUCGACGAGGGCGCUAAUGGACGGGUCCGUUUCUCGAUUGCGGCCGGCGACGACAAUCGGGAUUUCACCAUCAGCGAGGAUAGUGGCAUCGUUCGUGUGGCCAAGAAUCUGAACUACGAACGCAAGUCGCACUACAUUGUAACGGUGCGGGCGGAAGACUCGGCCAGCGACACCGAGAACGGCGAAAUCCGCUUUGAUACGGCCAAACUGUCCAUCACCAUCACGGACAUCAAUGACAACCCGCCAACCUUUCUCGACUCGCCGUAUCUGGCCUACGUGAUGGAGAAUGUGAUCCCACCGAACGGUGGUUACGUCAUCACGGUGAAGGCAUACGACGCCGAUACGCCACCAUUCAACUCGCAGGUUCGCUACUUUCUCAAAGAGGGCGACACGGACUUCUUCAAAAUCAACGCAUCCAGCGGGGAAAUCUCGCUGCUGCGGGCACUCGAUCGGGAAAUUCAAGCCGAAUAUAUCCUGACACUGGUAGCGAUGGACACCGGUUCACCGCCCCUCACCGGAACCGGAACGGUGCGCGUCAUUGUGCAGGAUAUGAACGACCACAGUCCGGAGUUCGAACGACAGUCCUACCAAGCAACGAUAGCGGAAAAUCUUCCAGUCGGUAGCAGAGUACUACGGCCGAUCGCAACCGAUAGAGAUACCGGAUUGAAUGCCAAAAUCCGCUAUACCUUACUCGGAGAGUAUUCGCAACGAUUCAGUGUGGAACAAGACAGUGGCGAAAUAUCCACGGCUGUCAUGCUGGACCGGGAAGACAUUGCACUGUAUCACUUCACCCUGAUGGCCCAAGAUAGCUCAACCACGGAACCACGGGCAACCGUCGUCAACCUGACGGUGGCGGUUUCCGAUAUGAACGAUAAUAGUCCAACGUUUGAAUCCCGGACCUUCCACGUGAACAUACCAGACCGAAUCAAACGGAACCAGUUCGUGUUUGGUGCCAAGGCGAUCGAUUUGGACGAAGGCAUGAACUCACGGAUUCUGUAUUCGAUCGGUGGAUCGGAUGCCAGCAAGUUCCACAUCAACGAAAACACCGGCGUAAUCGAAGCUUCCGUUGAGCUUUCAUUGCCCGGACAGAAUGCCGACCGUGUGUUCAGUCUAAUCAUCGAGGCUCGUGAUCAGGGCUACGAUCAGAAAUCAACCAAAAGCGAGCUAACUAUCGCUCUGAAGUCGGCUCAUCUAUUUCCGGUAUUUUCGUAUCUGUCGGAAACUCAAUUCGUUCUACCGGAGGAUAUUGCUGAUGGUAAGAUCGUUACCAAAAUAUCAGCUACCUCACCGAAGAAGGGUCCUUCUGGUAACAUACGGUAUGCAAUUGCUGGUGGCAAUAUCGGUGAUGCGCUGCGGAUUGAUCCGAAUACCGGUGAAGUUGCAGUCAACAAAGGUGGACUGGACUACGAACGCAAUCAACAGUACGAGGUUUGGAUCGAAGCUGCUGACUCGGACCGGCCAAGUCUACGUAGUGUCAUGCAACUGAUCAUAAAUGUAACGGAUGCGAACGAUAAUCCACCGGUCAUGGAGAAACAGGUUUACAUGGCCGAGGUUAUGGAAGAAGAAUCUCCGGGAUUGUUCGUAACCAAGGUCCAAGCCACGGAUGUCGAUUCGGAAGAAAACGGUCAAAUCACGUACAGCCUAGUUAAAGACUACGAUAGUUUUGAAAUCAACAGUGAUACUGGUGAGAUCUACACUACAACGAGAUUGGACCGAGAGGAUAUUCCACGAUACGCAUUGACGGUAAAGGCCGUGGACCAGGGCGUACCGCAACUAACGGGAAGUGCAACCGUCCUGGUGCAUGUACUGGAUAAAAACGAUAAUCCUCCGAAAUUUACUCGUUUGUUCAGUGUCAACGUAACGGAAAAUGCUGAGAUCGGAAUUUUCGUAAUCAAGAUCACAUCAUCCGACUCGGACAUCGGUAUCAAUGCCAACGCAACCUACAUCUUUACGGAAAAUAUCGGCAACAAGUUUCUGAUCGAUUCAACUUCCGGCAAUGUCACCGUGGCCGGUCAUUUGGAUCGUGAACAACAAGACGAAUAUAUCCUGAAGGUGGCGGCCGUCGAUGGUGCCUGGAGAGCGGAAACACCGCUCACAAUAACAAUCCAAGAUCAGAAUGAUAACGCACCGGAGUUCGAGCAUAGCUACUACAGCUUCAACUUUCCGGAACUGCAGAAAACGGUUACCUUUGUAGGUCAGGUGAUCGCUACCGAUCGCGAUAAGCACGGUCCGAAUUCGGUCAUCUCCUACUCACUCCAGCAACCGUCGGAUACGUUCUCAAUCGAUCCGGCCACGGGAGAGAUUUUCAGCAAACGAACUAUCCACUACAAACACACCCAGAUGGAGUCAUCACCGGAGAACAUGUUCAGUUUAACCGUUCUGGCCACGGAUAACGGCAAACCUCCGAUGUACUCCGAAUGUCUGAUCAACAUCAACGUGGUGGAUGCCAAUAACAAUCCGCCUGUUUUCACGCAACGGGAAUAUCUGUCCCCAGCGCCGGAAGGGGCGACGGUUGGUCAAAAGAUCAUGCAACUCGUAGCCCGAGAUGAAUUCGACUACGGAGUGAAUGCGGAAAUCGAAUACAUUGUAACGGGAGGAAACGGCACGAGUAGCUUUGUAGUCAAUAAAAAUGACGGGUGGAUCAUUGUGGGAAAUGCCUUGAACGACAAUCCGGGGAAAGUGUACACUCUAAAUGUCCGAGCAGUGGACAAAGGAGUGCCACCCCAGCAGGACGAAGUUAUUGUGACGAUCGUAGUAACCGGUAUGAAUAAAUAUGCUCCGGUUUUCCAAAGUCCAUCCUAUCAAGUAAUCGUCCCGGAGAACGAACCAAUCGGAUCCACUAUUCUGACAGUAAGUGCACCGGACGAUGACGACGGGCCGAACGGAAUGGUACGCUACUCGAUCACCGGAGGUAACGAACGGAAAGAGUUCACUAUCGAUAGUGCAUCGGGUGCGAUCACAAUCCUGCAACCGUUGGACUACGAUUCGAUUCAGACGUACCAGUUGAACAUUACCGCCGAAGAUCUGGCGUUCAAACCGAAAAAAUCGAUGGCCAUGAUUACGGUUACUCUGACCGACAUCAACGAUAACGCUCCGACGUUCAAUCAAACCGAGUACGAUGCGUUUAUUCCGGAAAAUUCACCGCCCAGCACAUUCGUGUACAAAGCCUACGCCCAUGAUCGCGACUCACCCAAGAACGCUAUCAUUCAUUACUCGAUCGUUGGUGGCACAGGAAGAGAUCUGUUUUUGAUUGAAACCACCACUGGAGUGAUCAAGUCUCGAGCUACUUUCGAUUAUGAAGAACAGAAUCGAUAUACGCUGGAUCUGAUGGCCAUCAAUCCGGAUUCUGCGAUGAAGAACAAAACCAAGGUGAUUGUACAUGUCACCGGGGUAAAUGAAUACUACCCGAAGUUCGUACAACCGGUGUUUCACUUUGACGUGUCGGAAUCGGCAGAGGUAGGAUCCAGUGUUGGGUCCAUUCAGGCCACCGAUAAAGAUGCCGGAGAGGAUGGUAAAGUGUACUACCUGCUGGUUGGAUCGAGUAACGAUAAAGGCUUCAACAUCCAUCCGGAGACCGGAGUGAUGGUGGUGUCACGAAACCUCGAUCGUGAAACACAGUCCAGAGUGGUGCUUACCGUUUUGGCGAAAAAUUUCGGUGGCAUCCGAGGUAACGAUACCGAUGAAGCCCAGGUGAUCAUAUCAAUCCAGGAUGGGAAUGAUCCACCGGAAUUUCUACUCGAUUUUUACGAGGCUGAUGUAUCGGAAGGGGCUCAAGUUGGAACGAGGAUCAUCACCGUGAAAGCCAUAGACAAAGAUGUACGACCACAGAACAAUCAGUUCAGCUAUUCGAUUAUAGGAGGAAACAAUGAUCACUCGUUCAAGAUUGAUCCCCAGUCGGGACAAAUUGAAACGGCGAGAAUGCUAGAUAGAGAAACGGUGCCGGUUCACAAAUUGAUUCUGGGAGCAAUCGACACGGGAUCACCGCCACAAACCGGAACGACGACAGUGAAAAUCUCCGUCACGGACAUCAACGACAACGGGCCGGUAUUCGACCCAAAAGAUGCGGUCGGAUCUGUGCUUGAGAAUGAACCACCCAACACCGUUAUUAUGACCCUCUCGGCAACGGAUCCGGAUUUACCACCGAACGGGGCCCCAUUCACGUACUACUUGGUUGGAGGUCGCCACAAAUCGUUGGUCACACUGGAAAAGCAUUCCGGUGUUCUCAGGACCGCUCGCAGUAUCGAUCGCGAAACAACACCCAAACUAGAGCUUCUGGUUGAAGUGGAAGACAACGGUAAACCCAAAAUGCGAACCCAGCACACGAUUGUGGUCAACGUGAUGGACCAGAACGAUAGCCCUUCGACGCCGAGAGUCGUUCACGUGUUGGUGUACGUGUUUAAUGAUCAAAUUAAUGGGGAUAUCGCAAAUGUUCAUCCGAAUGAUCCGGAUACGACGGGCGAUUACCGUUGCAAGAUUAUCGGUGAUCUGAACAAAAAUCCGGUCAACAAAUUUGCAAUCGGCACGGGCUGCAAGCUUCGAACAAUAUCGUCAUCCAUUCCGAGCAAUGGUCAUACCUUCCUGGUGUCCGGAAACGAUGGCAGACAUGCGGACGUAGUAUCGACGGUAAGCGUAGAGUUCCUUCGCUUCGACAAUGUCACCGUGGAGAACUCGAUCACCAUUCGAAUCGAGAAUAUGACCAGCAGUCGGUUUCUGGCAAACUACUACCGAAAUUUUGUCGAUAUUUUGAAAUCGUCGAUCGACAGUUCAAACGAUCUGAUUGUGUACAGUUUUCUGGAUACGGAUAAAGCCAUGGACAUUUCCGUGGCCGUUGCCAAUGACGGGAAAGGCUUCCGUUCGAAACAGUUUAUCAUCGAACGAUUCAGUAAAAAGCAGGACGCCAUCAAUCUGCUACUGCAGAACACCCGAGUCUUGAUCGGGUUUCUUCCUUGUGACAGUAACACCUGUGACAACGGUGGUGUCUGCUUCGAGAAGAUUAAUGUCUAUGAAGACACUCAAAUCACGGACAGUCAAUCGUUGAUUUUCACAUCUCCCUUGGUGCGACACGAUUUCCGUUGCAAAUGUUCGGAUGGAUACACCGGCCAGAAGUGUGACAAACGACAGGAUCCUUGUUCGCCGAGUCCAUGUCAAGCCGGAGGUCUGUGCCGUCGGCAAGGAUACGAUUUUCAGUGUUCCUGUCCGGCCAAUCGUGAAGGCAAGUUCUGUCAGCUUGAGCGAGGUGAUAUUUGCUCUAGCAGUCCUUGCAAAAACGGUGGAUCAUGCCGGGAAAGUUCCGAUGGUUCAUCGUUCUUCUGUCUGUGCCGGCCGGGUUAUCGAGGAAACCAGUGUGAGGCAGUAGCCGAUUCCUGUCGACCGAAUCCCUGUCUAUACGGUGGUUUAUGUGUCGGUUUGAAACCCGGUUACAAAUGCAGCUGCGUGGAUGGACGCUACGGGCGGCACUGCGAGAAGACUACCUUUGGAUUCAAGGAACUAUCGUACAUGGCAUUUCCUGCUCUAGACUCGGCCACCAACGAUAUUUCGGUUAUCUUUGCCACCACCAAACCGGAUGCCCUGUUGAUCUAUAACUUUGGAAUUCAGAGCGGUGGACGAUCGGACUUCGUCGCCAUGGAAGUGGUCAAUGGGCGAGCUGUGUUUUCCUAUGGCGGAGCACGAACUGCCAUCACGUCGCUGGUCGUUGGCCAGGGUGCUUCCAGCAAUGAUACGAUCUCCAACGGACGGUGGCACAAAAUUACCGCUACCCGAAAUGGACGCGUGAUGUCACUGAGUGUUUCCAAGUGUUCGGAGAACGGGGACUACUGUGUGGACUGCAAACCCGGAGAUUCCAGUUGCUACGCGGAUGAUACUGGACCGACUGGAACAUUAAACUUCAACAAACACUUCCUGCUGGUAGGUGGUCUGGCAUCCGCCGAUCCAGUCCUGGAACGGCCGGGACAGGUGCAUUCCGAUGAUUUGGUGGGCUGCGUGCACAGUGUUUCGAUUAACGGACGCGCUCUGAAUUUGAGCAGUCCGUUGAAAUCAUUCGGCGUAGAAUCCACCUGUAAACGAAGCAACAACGGCGGUCCCUGCAGUCUGGGAUUACCGGAAGAUCCGGCGCAACCUCGGUGCGGUGCAUACGGUCAAUGUUUGGACCGGUGGCAUACGGCGAUGUGUCGGUGUGGAGCAUCGAUCCUAUCGCCCGAUUGUUCCAACUCGCUGGAACACUACUCGAUAGCGGAUGGAGGCUUCAUCGAGUUCGAAAUCUCCGAGAAACACAAACGCAUGCAGCUGCUGGAAAAUAUCUACAGCGGGAAAAGCAUCUGGAGUUACGAUGUGACUCGAAACAAGCGUUAUUCGAUCAAGACCGAGAAUAUUUCGAGCUUGACGAUCGCAGAAGAUCCACCGAAAUAUAUGAGUCUAUUGUUCAAAACUAACAAACCCAACGGACUGCUGAUCUAUGCAGCUACCAACAAGCACUACACUUCAAUCGAGCUUAAAAAUGGAAAGAUCUUCUACAACUCCCACCAGACAUCGUUUAUCAAUAUCACGGCUUCGUCACUGGAUAAUUUAGCCGAUGGAAAUUGGCACAACAUCACGUUGCACGCACACAACCGAAUUUUGCAGGUGAUCGUAGAUGGUAGGAGUGCCAUCGAAGAUCUUGAUUCAGCUGGAGUUCACGAUUUCCUCGAUCCCUAUCUAACAGUACUGUCGAUCGGUAACGUACGGCGGGAACUGUUCGUGAAUGAGGUUAUGCCAGUGUACUUCCAAGGUUGCCUAACUAAUUUCACCAUCAACAACGAAAUCCAGCCGUUCAAUGGAUCCGGCAGUAUUUUCAAGCGUGUGAUUCAUCACGGAAAUGUUCUACCGGGAUGUUUACUGGCUGGUUUGGGAGCAGCACAAGUUACCGAUCCUCUGAGCAUCGGGAUCACACUGGUGAUCGUAUUCUUUGUCGUACUGCUGGUCGCUAUAUUCCUGUCGUUCCUGGUGUUCCGCUUACGGAAGCAACACAAAGAGAAGAGUGGUGGUCUCGGAGGUCCCUCGACAAUGCACUCGAAACAAAACGGUGGAUCCACACUGCUGAGCACCUCCCAGCUGGUGUCUUCCGGUGUUCACAGUGAUAUCGGACGGGGCCUGCACGUUAACGAUUUGUCAGUGGUUGGAUACCAUUCGGAAAGUAACGACAUGCUACGAGGAGUUGGAGGGCACCAUUUGGUAGGACCGGAACUCAUUUCGAAAAAAUACAAAGAACGUGAUAUCAACUCGGGCGAACCACAACGCCCACAGCGUCCAGAUAUCAUUGAACGGGAAGUGGUAAGCAAGAGUCCUCCACUCAGAGAAGAUCAUCAUCCACCACUGCCACCACCAAGUCAAUCACAUCACACACACGAUCACACAAAUCCCGUUGAUCUAGGAUCGGAAUAUCCCGAACACUAUGAUCUGGAAAAUGCCAGCUCGAUAGCUCCUUCCGAUAUCGAUAUUGUAUAUCACUACAAAGGAUACCGUGAAGCCGGGGGUGUUCGGAAGUACAAGGCCACACCUCCACCGGUGGCGACAUACACUCACCAUAAGCAUCAAACAUCUGCCCAACAACAGCACCGACAUUCGCCGCACCAUGCAGGACCUUAUGCACCGCGGGUUCCACCACAAGCUAGUCAACCUCCGCCGUCGAAUACACCGCGGCCACAUCAAACCACUCCACUGGCAAGACUUUCCCCAAGUUCCGAACUGAGCUCUCAGCAACCUAGAAUUCUGACACUGCACGACAUCUCGGGUAAACCUCUGCAAAGUGCCCUGCUAGCAACCACCUCCAGUUCGGGAGGAGUCGGCAAAGAUGCAUUGCACAGUAAUAGCGAACGUAGCCUCAACAGUCCGGUCAUGAGUCAACUGUCCGGCCAAAGUUCCAGUGCAAGCCGUAAAAACCCGGGCGUACCCCAGCAACCGCAGAAUGUCAAUUCGGUCGUUUCCGGACCGAUGGGUUUAACAGCAGAGGAAAUCGAACGACUGAAUUCGCGACCACGAACCUCAAGUCUAGUAUCAACGCUGGAUGCAGUUUCGAGCAGUAGUGAAGCUCCACGGGUACCGGCUCCCCAUUUAACCCACAUGCACCACUCACCGGCAGUGGAUGCCCACAGUUCCACGUCCACCGAUGAGAGUGGAAACGACAGUUUCACUUGUUCGGAAAUCGAGUACGACAAUAACAGUAUCAGCGGAGACAAGUACAGCAAAAACCGUGAGGACACCAGCCGACGGGUGGUCAGUGAUAACAACAACAGCAACAAGCCACCCCACCUUCCACCGUCGUCCUACGAUGGAUUUGAUUCCUCCUUCCGGGGCUCUUUGAGUACGCUGGUGGCAUCCGAUGACGAUCUGUCCACCCACAUGGUAGGAAUGUAUCGUCAACCGAACGGAGCCUCACCAUCGGCGACCGGUUGGGAUUACCUGCUGAACUGGGGACCCAAUUUCGAAAGUCUGAUGGGUGUCUUCAAGGACAUUGCCGAGCUGCCGGAUACGGUGAAUGGGCGCGUCCCGAGCUCGCUUCGGAUACCGGCCGGUGUACAGAAACCUUCGGAGGAGUACGUGUAGAAAUAUGUAAAAUGUAAAAUCAAGCUAGGAAACAGAAUAUAGAGGCGCAAUUGUUAGACAAAAAAAAUAUGUUAAUUCAAAUGACAUGUAAAUAUUAGCCACUAACCUAACGCAUUUUAUUUAGUUAAAAGUGGACGAGCACAGAAAGAAGAACGAAGCGGAAAUACUUUUCAUAUAUUUUAAUUUGUGCAAAUUUUGCAAUGCCUUGUAUCAAGGUACGACCUCCAGCACAAAACAUAGACAAUAGAAGCGCAAUGAACGCGUUGGAAAUACCAUUACCCAUUUUUGGUCGGUAUGUAAAAGUCCUCCAAAUAUGCAUUUAUUACCAUGACACCCAGGAGCAUUUGUUUUUGUUCGUUCGAAUGCUCGUCCCCCUGACUUGCGAGCCCUGCCUGGUGAUCGAAUAGGGGACUAACCUUCCGUGUAGGAAACUGAAUCAGUGCUAUGUUUAAGUGUUAAGACAUUGUCAAGGAUUUUAAACCUGUAAAUAGUGAUUUUUUUUAACACAACAACACAACAAUGAGAAUUAUUGUAAACUAUCUUGCCAUAUGCUUUUUAAAAAGAUUCAAUCCUAAAACUAGUAACCGGGUGUACGAAAAAGUAGUGCGGUUCCGAUCGAACAAAAAAAAAACGUUUGAAUCGAUUCCGCUACCCUCCCCCCCUAGGUGUAGUGAAAAUUCUUACAGCAAUAUUACAUAUUCGCAAAACAUGACUUCCAAAUGAGACUGUUUUUUUAAAUCGUAAUAGAAUGGUAAGAGUUUAGACGCUAAGUUUUAUCCAGUAGAUGUAGAUGUUCUUUUUCCCUCUCUCUGUAGAAACAAAAACCGAACAAUUCGAAAUUCACGCGUUGUACAAAUGAUCAGUCGGUUUCAGGCGUACCUCUUGGCAUUUAAACAAUUUGUAAAUAGCCUAGCGAACGAGCGAACGACAAACACUCAAAACUGUUCUAGUGAAAUUAGUUUCUGUAAAAUUUCAAAUUAAA